AUGGCUUAUAGGAACCAAGUGAAUGAAGGCAACUGGUACGUGUUCAAGAACGAGCGUUUCGAAAGUUUCAUGGAAGUGCUCCAGACAUUCCUCAAGGAAGCUGGCAUCGUCAAGCCGCCCCUCUUGGCCUGCCUGGCCGUGGCCGGUGUUGUCGUGGAGAAUUCGGCCAGGUUUGUGAACCUCGGCUGGGAGAUCAGUGGACGCAAGAUAGAGGAGACACUGGGCAUCGAGCGGGUGGAGCUCAUCAAUGACUUCGCUGCGCAGGGCUACGGCAUCCUAACCUUGAACAGGGACAAGGAUUGCGAACCCCUGCAGAAGGCCACAGUCAAGGAGGGUGCUCCCAUUGCGGUGAUUGGUGCUGGAACUGGCCUAGGUGAGGCCUUUCUGACUGUGGGUGCAGAAGGUGACUACGAGGUCUGGCCUUCUGAGGGAGGGCACGCCGAGUACGCACCCCGCCAGGAAGGCAGCAACUCUUUGGAGUCCGAGCUCUUGCAGUACCUGCUCAUCAAGUACAGCGAAAAAGCGCGAGUGAGCGUGGAGCGCGUGGCAGCGGGUCGAGGCAUUGCGAACAUUUAUGAGUUCUUGGCUUGGAAGUAUCCGGAGAAGGUAAACAAGGCUGUGCACCGCAGCUUCAUCGGGCCAAUCGAAGGGCCCAGGACCUUUGAUCCGGCUGCGAUCACCAAAGCUGCUACGAGUGGCAUCUGCAAGUUGAGCAAGCAGGCUGUGGAUAUUUGGGCUGGAGCCUACGGAAGCGAGGCGUGGCGGGCAUAG